AUGGCUGAGAUGGGCCCUGCUCUUCGAUGCCUCGUUGCUCCUGGUGAUCCCGAAGUUGUGGACCACAUCACCGGAUUGCUGUCAAACGCAGCCUUCGCUGUGCGCCAUGCGGCAUUGCAGGCUUUGCCCCACGUGGUGGCCAAAGGCGAUGCACAUGCCAUUGACACGAUUCUGGCACGAGCGGAUGACAAGGACGUCGAGAUUCGUGAGGAGGCCAUCCGCGCGCUGGCCCAGGUUGCCAGCGAAGAUGACCAUCGAGCCCUCAACUAUUUGAUCCGCGGCCUGCGCGAUGAGUCCAUCUAUGUGCGCCGGGCUGCCUUGGAGGUGCUGCCGCUCUCCGCGUGA